AUGACUCCCAAGGUUUUCUUGACUGGCGUAACUGGCUACAUCGGCGGUGAUGGUCUGUUUGCCAUUGCUAGCACCCAUCCUGACUGGCAAUUUUCAGCCCUAGUUCGUAGCGAGGAAAAGUCCACACAGGUCACUAGCAGAUACCCGCAGAUUCGGACUGUGAUCGGUGAUCUAGACUCGUCCGAGCUGAUCGAAGAGGAAGUCAAGAACGCAGACAUUGUCUUCCACUUCGCUGAUUGCGAUCAUGUUGCCGCAGCCAAGGCCAUCGCCAAGGGCGCUCAACACCAUACUCCCGAGCGUCCAUUGUGGCUGAUUCAUACCUCUGGCACUGGUAUCCUGACAGUGGAGGACCAGCGUGCUGGCACAUACGGCAUUGAGCGACCUAAGGAGUACAACGACUGGGAGGGCGUCAGUGAGCUGGUCAACCUUCCAUCAGACGCCUUCCACCGUAACGUGGAUGAGAUUAUCAUCGGAGCUGGUCAGCAGAACUCGGCCAGUGUGAAGGUCGCAGUCGUAUGCCCACCUACCAUCUACGGUCCUGGCCGUGGCCCUGGAAACACGAAGAGUAUCCAAGCCUACUUGCUCAGCGCCGCGGUACUGAAGCGUAAGCAGGGCUUCCUGGUUGGAAAAGGUGAGAACAUCUGGCACCAGGUCCACGUCCAGGAUCUGAGCAAUGUCUACCUGGCUCUGGGCGAGGCAGCCUCAGUGGGAGGCGGCAAGGCUACCUGGAAUAAUGAGGGUUAUUACCUCGCUGAAAAUGGGUCCUUUGCAUGGGGUGAUAUACAGCGCGCAGUUGCACAGUCUGCUUUUGAUAAGAAGCUUAUUGCUUCUCCUAAUGUUGACUCUCUAGAUGGCGCUCAGACGACUGAGGUACUUUCUGUUGGCAUCUAUGCCUGGGGCUCUAACUCCCGCGGUAACUCGAUCCGUGCGCGCAAGCUAUUUGGCUGGACACCCCAGAAGCCUAAGCUGAUUGAUCUUAUUCCUGAGAUUGUUGAGGGUGAGGCUAAGGCUCUUGGCUUGCUGUGA